AUGGAAGAGACUAUUAUUUGCAUGGAGGAAGAAUGUCUGUUAGAAAAAAGGAGGACGGUCAUUCUGAGGGAAUGUAAGGAGAUAUUGCAGGAAGAAGGAUCCGGGCGCUAUAGCAAAGAGGCCUUUAGAAGACUCUUCUAUGAUCAGGUGCUUCUUAGAAAGUUAUUUGUACUAUUUGAUCAAGAUUGUGAUGGGUUACUAAAACAAGAUGAAUGGCUCGAAUUCCUCAAGGGGAGGUUGACAAACGAAAAGCAAAAUGAUUUUGUCGAUCAGAUUGAAAGUGUUGCAUAUGUAUUAUGUGAUGAGAAUCCAAUAAAUUUGUCCAAUUUUCAACAGAUUUUCUAUACCAAAGGGAUCGUUGAUAAAUUGUACCGAUUAAUUGAUCAUGAGAAUUCGGGUUAUGUAACAUCUACUCAAAUCUUAGAUAUGAUAUCUGGAGUGAGUAACACCAGGCCACGUACUGGCUUCGAUAAAGGAAAUCUUGAAUGGCUGGAAAAAAUAUUUAAACAAACUGUUGGAAACGAAGGAGAAAUAUGCCUUGAAGAAUUCAAAACAAUCGUUACUUCGAAGAACCCAUUCUUUACUGAGAGAGUCUUUCAAAUAUUCGACAAAGACAACUCUGGUACGAUAUCGCUUCAAGAAUUUCUAGACGCUAUGCAUCAAUUCGCUGGAAAAUCUAUGAACGAUAAAAUUAGGUUCCUCUUCAAAGUUUAUGAUAUCGAUGGUGAUGGAUUAAUACAACUUCGCGAACUAGAACAUGUUAUGAGAGCUUGUAUGGAAGAAAAUGGAAUGAAGUUUAGCGACGAGCAAAUCGAAGAUCUGACAAUUGCACUUUUUGAGGAUGCUGAUCAAGGCAAUAAAGGAGCGAUUACCUUCGAAGGUUUAAAAAAGCAGUUAGCAAAGCAUGAGGGUCUGCUGGAAAAUCUCUCGAUCAGCAUAGAUCGAUGGUUGGUACCACCGCAACCUAAUUCAAAGAAGAAAUCUAUUUUGGAUACGUUUUUGUCUCUUCGUCCGUAUCAACUCACAAAGCCAUACUUGAAGAAUAAUUAUGUCUUUAUUGCCUUCAUUUCGAUGUUCAUGCUUAUCAACGUGACUCUCUUCGUCUCUCGUCUCUACAAGUAUCGAAAUCACAGUGUUUACAUAAUGUUUGCGCGUGCCUGCGGACAAUGUCUGAACUUCGAUUGCACGUUUAUUCUGAUCUUAAUGCUGCGCCAGUGCAUCACGUUUUUGAGAACGCAUAGCUUCAAUUCAUUAGUGCCCCUAGAUCAUCAUAUAUAUCUUCAUAAAAUGACAGGGAUAUUGAUUGGAAUCUUCAGUAUUGUACAUACCCUAAUGCAUCUCAUUUACUGCGGUACUGUAAUAAUAAAAGACGAGAAAAUGAAUAGCGGAAACUACACUAUGUUUGAAUGGCUAUUAACCAGUCAACCUGGAUAUUUCGGUCUGGUUGCAGGCAGUGCAUAUCCGACUGGGAUAGUUCUGUUUAUUAUACUCGUCAUUAUGAUCGUCUGUUCUAUGCCGUUUGUACGGCGUGGAGGUUGCUUUGAGAUAUUUUAUUGGUCCCAUUUGCUAUACAUACCAUUCUGGAUUCUGUUGAUCUUCCAUGGUCCUAACUUCUGGAAGUGGUUUGUCGGUCCGGGUAUUAUAUACCUAGUAGAAAAAAUUCGUCGACUUGUGUGGUUACGUUCUAACCGUGGAAAGACCUAUAUAAGUUCUGGUCUCCUUUUACCUUCGAAGGUGACUAAUCUGGUUAUUAAGAGACCAUCCAAUUUUCACUUUCAUCCUGGCGAUUAUGUAUUCGUUAAAAUCCCAGUAAUAGCAAAAUAUGAAUGGCAUCCUUUUACCAUUAGCAGUGCUCCCGAACAAGAAGAUUAUAUGUGGCUACACAUUCGUGCGGUUGGUGAAUGGACCAACAGUUUAUACUCGUACUUUGAAAAAGAACAAAUAAAACUUCAUUGUGACAUAUUGCCUGCCGAGAACUGUGAUGCUGUUUGUGUUCUCUCCAAAAAAUCUUUUAUCAGUGGCAAAAAAACGCCACUUAUUGUAACACAGAAAGCUUCAAUGGAAUCCAUGCCUCAGGCUCAUCUGGACAAUCCUUCGUUCAUAUCUGACUUAUCGAAUUCUGUGUCACCUUCGCAUGCAUCAAUUAAUAAUAAGUCUGCAUAUUUAAAAACUACUGAACAUACGCCAGAAUCAAACAAGGAAUGGACAGACGUGUCUGUAAAAAGAGAUAAGAAAUUACAUCAAUUUUUUCUUAGUACCAAAAUACCACUUAAAAAAUCACAUUCGAUGCCCGAUAUGCAAAUCAAAAGCAAGAAAAAAGAACGACUCAGAGCACUUCGAGAUUACAUGAGAUCUGAAUCGGAAAGGAAUUUCGACGAGUGUCAAAUGAAAUGCGCGCGAUUCAAGUCAUUGGGCUUAGCCUACUUGAGUCCGCAAAACAAAUCAUUAGCUCAAAGUUUCCGAUACAUGCGGACAAAACCGACUAUUAUUGCAUUUAAAACACCCAGUUUUGAAACGGACGAUUAUGAGAUUGACGUGCUGUCAAAUGUUGCAACAAAUGCAAAUGCGGAAGGAAAUGAAAUAUUGCACAAUACAUCGAUAACAAUGCAAAUUGCGGCAGAAGAAGGAAAAUUGAGACAAGGGUUUAAUGAAGCUGUAGGUAGUUCAAAUAGUUUAGAUUUGAAAUCUGAUAGUUCUUCUCAACUACCUAUAAAUUACCCUGUAGGGAAACCACUUGAGAUCUUUUUAGACGGUCCUUAUGGAGCACCAUCAAGUCAUAUCUUUCGAGCGCAGCAUGCUGUUUUAAUCGCCACAGGAAUCGGAGUUACUCCUUUCGCUUCUAUAUUGCAAUCGAUUAUGCAUCGAUAUUGGAAAGCGAGACAUACUUGCCCAAAAUGUUCAUUCUCCUGGGCUAGUGAAAUUCCGCCUACUGUAAUGAAUUUACGAAAAGUUGACUUUUUUUGGAUUAACCGCAAUCAACGUUCAUUUGAAUGGUUCGUAAACUUACUAUCUCAACUUGAGAUAGAACAAGCUGAGUUAGGUAUCACCAUGGAACGCUUUCUGGAGAUGCAUAUGUACAUCACAAGCGCAUUGCAAAAGAGCGACAUGAAGGCAGUUGGCUUGCAAUUGGCGCUGGAUCUUCUGCACGAAAAAGAAAAACGAGAUCUCAUUACAGGAUUAAAAACCAGAACGAAUGCAGGUCGUCCCAAUUGGGAUAAGGUAUUCAAACAGCUUCAGGAUAAGAAGAAAGGAAAAAUUACAGUGUUUUUUUGCGGACCGCCACAACUCGCUAGGAUUCUUCGGUACAAAUGCGAUCAAUUUGGAUUCUGCUUUAGAAAGGAAUCCUUCUAA